AAAUCGGUCCAUCUCCCAAGGGGUCCAAUUUUUCUUCCUGGGUGUCAGCAAGCCCUGACUCACCACAGAGCAGCUGACAGGGGCUGUCAUGCUUGUGGCACCCUAAGCAAAAGCAAAAGACCUGAGGACGACCUUUGAACACCACAAAGGAUGGGUUUCAAUGUAUUUAGGCUACUGAGCGGAUCAGCUGUAGCCCUGGUAAUAGCCCCUACUGUAUUACUGACAAUGCUUUCAUCUGCUGAACGAGGAUGCCCUAAAGGCUGUAGGUGUGAAGGCAAAAUGGUCUAUUGCGAAUCCCAGAAAUUACAGGAGAUACCCUCAAGUAUAUCAGCUGGUUGUUUAGGUUUGUCCCUGCGAUACAACAGCCUCCAGAAACUAAAAUACAAUCAGUUUAAAGGUCUUAAUCAACUCACCUGGCUCUAUCUAGACCAUAACCACAUCAGCACCAUUGACGAAAAUGCUUUCAAUGGAAUACGCAGGCUCAAAGAGUUGAUUCUGAGUUCCAACCGAAUUGCCUAUUUUCUUAAUAACACCUUCCGACCUGUAACGAACCUCCGGAACUUGGAUCUCUCCUAUAAUCAGCUGCAGUCCCUGGGAUCAGAACAGUUCAGGGGCUUAAGGAAACUGCUGAGUUUACAUUUGCGGUCUAAUUCCCUGAGAACAAUCCCCGUGCGGAUUUUUCAGGACUGUAGGAACCUUGAACUGUUGGACCUGGGCUACAACAGGAUCCGAAGCUUAGCAAGGAACGUCUUUGCAGGCAUGAUCAGGCUGAAGGAGCUUCACCUGGAGCACAAUCAGUUUUCUAAGCUUAACUUGGCACUUUUCCCAAGGCUCAUCAGCCUUCAGAACCUUUAUUUACAGUGGAAUAAAAUCAGUGUUAUAGGGCAAACAAUGUCCUGGACUUGGAGCUCGUUACAAAGGCUUGAUUUAUCUGGCAAUGAAAUAGAAGCUUUCAGCGGACCUAGCGUUUUCCAGUGUGUGCCCAAUUUACAGCGCCUCAACCUGGAUUCCAACAAGCUCACAUUUAUCGGGCAAGAGAUUUUGGAUUCUUGGAUAUCUCUCAACGACAUCAGCCUUGCUGGGAAUAUAUGGGAAUGCAGCAGAAACAUUUGCUCCUUAGUAAACUGGCUCAAAAGUUUUAAAGGGCUGAGGGAAAAUACAAUUAUCUGUGCCAGCCCCAAGGAGCUGCAAGGGGUGAACGUUAUUGACGCAGUGAAAAACUACAGCAUCUGUGGCAGAAGUACGACGGAGAGGUUCGAUCUGCCACGAGCUGCUCUCCCCAAGCCAACCUUUAAACCCAAAGUGAUCAGGCCUAAGCAUGACAGCCAGCCCCCUCUGCCCCCCACUGCUGGGUCCACUGAAGCCAGCUCGGAGCCCGAGCACGACACAGAACACAUCUCCUUCCAUAAAAUCAUCGCGGGAAGCGUGGCCCUUUUCCUGUCGGUGCUUGUGAUCCUCCUGGUGAUCUACGUCUCGUGGAAGCGUUACCCGGCCAGCAUGAAGCAGCUGCAGCAGCGCUCUCUCAUGCGGAGGCACAGGAAAAAGAAGCGGCAGUCCCUGAAGCAGAUGACUCCAACCACACAGGAAUUUUAUGUCGAUUAUAAGCCAACCAACGCCGAGACCAGUGAAAUGCUGUUGAAUGGAACGGGACCCUGCACGUAUAGCAAAUCAGGCUCCAGGGAAUGUGAGGUAUGA